UGGGGAUCCGCUAACAAACUUUUUCAGCCAAUGAGAAAGUAGUGGAGCCUACCCUGCCCACGCUCUUUUCAUCCUUUCUUGAUACGUUUUGAUUUUAUUUCAUUCUGCAUGGAGAACAGUGACCUAUAAGUUUGCAUUUGUUUAUAAUAAUUUAUUCGAGGUGAGUUUUGCUGGACAAGGUAUGACGUUCAAACGCAUUGAUAGAGAGAAAUGCUUAGAUCUUUUCAUCACCAGUUGUGGUGGUGGUCGGGCUUGCACGGCAUUCAUUUGGCAACAAUACACAGCACUCUGCUAGGUUCUUUUAAGUCCUUUAUCUAGCUAAGCUAGUGUGGUGGGUUGAAUGUGAAUUUUGCUAUUCUAAAUAGCAGCCUAAUGUAGGCUACUACAGUACUGUAAACCAAUGCAUGCUUGUUUUUGCUGGCAACACACUCUUUACUGCACAGACUGUUGUGGUCAUGUAUACCAGCUGAUCAACAGUCUUUGAAUAACAUGCAUCCUUUGAUGAAGUACUGUAGUUUCUCGUCAUCCUGUUAUGAUAGAAGCAUCUGGGUGUUAAAAAUGUAUCUCUAUUGCAUUUCUAGCUUUUGUUUAUUUUAUAUCUCAACCUACAGUUCGCGCUAGUUUAGAGCUAGCUAUUAGUAUGCAUGACAUGUUGCUAAAUUUAGGAUGCAAAAGUAGAAAAGGUUCCAAGAUGAUCUUGAGCUCAGAGGUAUCUUUAGGUGUAUUGAAAGCAAGUAAGUAAAUCUUAUAUUAUUUCACAGUUGUCCAAAGCAAAGAGCCAUGGUUCAAUCCAAGACCUGGGUCCUUGCCCGUCACUUUGAAGGCUUCCCGAAGAACAGCAACUUUGAGCUGAAGCUGGAGCAGCUGCCAGAGCCUAAAGAUGGAGGUAACAAACUAACAACUGUGGAGAUGAGCUCAUCACAUUGACUUAGAUCAUCUGGACCAGUACUUGCACUGAGUACAAGAUUCCUGUACCUGACUGAAGCCAAUAUGAGUGAAGCCAUACAUUUGAAUGUUGUUGUUGUUUUGUCUGUUUCAGAGGUGCUUCUCGAGGCACUGUUUCUCAGUGUGGAUCCAUACAUGAGGUAGGGGAGAAAAGUCUGAAAGAAAAAAGGGACAGGGUUGGAUUCCCCUAACAUUUGCCAUUUAGGUCAUGUCUCAUGUGAUGUCUAUAAGGAAUAUGAUAUGUUAUUAUUCAUGAAGUUCACUGAACAGCUUUUACUCUGCUAAUCCACAGUUCUUCAGUAGAUUUCAGUACAGAAAACAUCUCAUCUGAUUGUUCUUCUGUGGUUGUUUCCAGACCGUUCAGCCGACUGCGUAUGAAGGAGGGGGGAGUAAUGAUCGGAACUCAAGUGGCCAAGUAAGAAAAAUAAACGAAGCUGCAUCCAAAUGGCACCCUAUUGCCUACAUAGUGCACUAGUGGGUCCUGGUCAAAAGCAGUGCACUGUGUAGGGAAUACGUUGCCAUUUGGGAUGCAGACCCAAGUUAACUGCCUUUCAUCUAACAUGAGGGGACAUGCCUGCCGUUUACUGGAAGAGAAUGGGUCCUGCACCUGUUAUUCAUUUCUAAGGCAGUAGAUUAUCAUUCGUGACUGCAGUUGUAAGAGAACAAAUUGAAUGCACUUGGCAGUGUGUUCAGAGGUUCCGAAGUUCCGUUCCUGCCACAAGUGAAUGGUUCAAUGUGUUUUCACAGACAAAGUUUGUUAUUCAGAGUGAGUCUGUCUGGAUAAAUACACAGAACCUAAUGACUCUUCCCUGCAUUCAUUCUCUCCCCAGGGCUUUUUAAAUGAUUUUACUGAGUUUAAUUGCUUGAAUACUGUCAUUAAAGUGACUGUACUGGGACCCCCUGUAUAUAGACUCCCUACUGUUAUUUUAUUUUACUGCUGCUCUUUAAUUAUUUUGUAAUUGUUAAUUUUUGUACCUAUCUAUUUCUUUACUUAACACUUAUUUUUCUUAAAACUGCAUUGUUGGUUAAAGGCUUGUGAGUAAGCAUUUCACUGUAAUAUCUACACCUGUUGUAUUCGCCGCAUGUGGCAAAUCAAAUUUGAUUUGAUUUGAAGUAUCUUUGUGAAUGUGUGCAGAUUUUCUGGGAAUUCCCAAAGGCUUCCAUUGACAUUUCAUAUGUAUUCAAUUUAGCCUUAAGAUAAACAAUUUAGCAACCACUGAGGGUGGUUCUCAUAGUCCCCAGAUUAAUUAUUCUCAGUGACUAGAAACACUUUCAAUGGGAGAUUCUUCAUUGAGCGUUCUUUACGGUCUGUCUUCUGACACAGGCUUGUUAUCAACACUCUCUUUAACUAUGAUCAACUACCCUCGUUAAUUCAGUUUGUUUAUUUGUUUGUGCGUGUGGUUUUCUAGGGUGAUCCAGAGCAACAACUCAGCCUUCCCAAUUGGGUGCCAUGUGGUUGGUAGAUGCGGCUGGAGGACCCACACUGUAUCUGAUGGGACAGGCCUGGCACGCCUUCUGUCUGACUGGCCACAGGAGGUCCCCAUGUCCCUGGCUCUGGGGGCCAUCGGCAUGCCUGGGUAAUGAAUGGGGGACUUCUAUUUUUGGGUAAAAGUCUCUGAAAUCCCGGACCGAGGGCAACAGCACUCGUACAGUAUGUCAGAACAUUGUUAAUGUGGGAGGCAACCCGUCUGCCUAGGGAGAAUAGUAAAAAAAACAAGAGUCACUAUGGCGUGAAUCACCACUAGCCACAAAGUGUAAAACAUUUAUGUUUUCAGGCCAGAAGAAGCGCCGUUGUCUUGCCUGGGUAAGGAGAGAUGCUAACAGUUACUUCUACCAGCUAAUUGUUGGAGGGAGUGUGGGAGAAUGUGCAGCACAGCUGUUUCAUGACAGAUUAAAUGUUGACCUCAAGUCUGCCAGGAAAAGCAGCGGUAUGUUUUUCUUUGAGUUUGAUAAAACAAAGAUUUGGGCAACAGAUGUCUCCGGUCACCAUCUAUGUUCCUGUUCAGCUUUUCCACUGAACUCUUUAAACAGUUUGAAUGAGUCACAAUUCAGAUGAACAUGCAUCUGAUGCUAGUGCUUGUGUUUUUAAGUAUUUAAAAAUGACUGUAUUCAAUGGCCGUCAUUGUAAAUAAGAAUUUGUUCUUAACUGACUUGCCUAAUUAAAUAAAGGUUAAAUAUAUAUUUUUUAAAUAAUAAUAAAUAAAUAAAAGUGUUAUAUUCUAUUCCCUUGUACUCUGACUGCAGGUUAACAGCCCUGUACGGUCUGGAGGAGGUGCUGGGUCUGCAGGCUGGAGACACCCUCCUGGUGAACGCUGCAGCUGGGGCCGUGGGCUCCACUGUGGGCCAGAUCGCUAAGAUCAAGGGCUGCAGGGUGGUUGGCUCCACCGGCUCUGACGCCAAGGUAAGAAUGAAAAAGGGAAAAUGCAGUGGUCAUAAUCUUUCUUUGCCUUUAUCCUUUGAUUAAAAAAGGGGGCAGCACUUGAUGAAAUUAAACUGUUUAAUUUAAUUUUCCUUAACUUUUUGGUUAAUUGAUUGUAUUUUUCUAUUUUCCUACUCCAAGGUGGCCUUCCUCAAGGAGCUGGGCUUCGAUGAGGCCUUCAACUAUAAAACAGUCAGCUCUCUGGAGGAGGCCCUGAAGACUGCCUCGCCUGACGGAUACCACUGCUUCUUUGAGAACGUAGGUUAUAUAGUAAUUAUAAAGUAUUUGGUUGUAGUAAAGUAUUUAUAUAAAGUGUUAUUAAGUAGUUAUAUAAAAAUACUGAUACUUGUAAUAUUGUUAGAUAUUUUAAUUUUUUUACAUUUUAGCAGACGCUCUUAUCCAGAGCGACUUACAGGAGCAAGGGGCACAUCGACAGAUUUUUCACCUAGUCGGCUCGGGGAUUAGAACCAGCGACCUUUCGGUUACUGGCACAACGCUCUUAACCACUAAGCUACCUGCCGCCCUCAAUGGCUGCUACUUUUUAGUUAUAAAGUUGUAGUUCACUCUGGUUUUAAUAUCAUUAGACAGAUCUACAGUGUCGGACACUGUCAGUGUUUGGUAAUGGAUAUUUCAUCCUAACAUAUUUACCUGGAUAUAACUGACAUUUUCCACGUUUUCAUAGGUGGGAGGCCCUUUCUCCAGUGUGGCCAUCCCUCAGAUGAAGGAGUUUGGAAGGAUAGCCUUGUGCGGGGGCAUCUCAACGUACAAUGACACCACUCCACAAACAGGUCUGCUCUCGCACGUUUUUCUUACAGAGAUGCACAUUUAAAGGAACCCAUUUAAAUAUACACGAUUCUACAUUGCAUAACUCUCUCAUUUGUGUUACCUUUAUAUGCUGCGAGUGUUGAGCUUGUGCGCUGACUGUGCUCAUUUCAGUAUUCCACUAGAGGGCGCCAUUAGCCAGUAUUCCACUCAGACUGCUCACCAGCUGAAUGUUUUUCACGUAUUUCAUUCAGUGGAGGCUGGGCUGGUGGGGGGAGCUAAAGGAGGACAGGCUCAUUGAAAUGUCUGGAAUAUAAUAAAUGGAACUGUAUCAAACAUAUGAAACCACAUCUUUGACUCUGUUCCAUUUAUGCCCAUUACAAUGAGCCCAUCAUCCUAUAGGUCCCCCCACCAGCCUCCUCUGGUUUCAUUGCAUCAAAAUGAAUUAAGAAACAUAUUGGAUCUCUGUUUUCCUCUGCCUAUAUGACACAAUCUCUAUAAUCUCUUUCCUCAUCUUGCUUUUCCUUUCACUUUCUCUCUCUCUCUCUCGGACAGGCCCCUACCCCCACCUGAGCAUGAUCUUUAAGCAGCUGAAGAUGGAGGGCUUCCUGGUGGGCAGGUGGGAGCAUAAGAACCAAGAGGCUCUGAAGAGACUGAUGGCCUGGAAGAGGGAGGCAAGUACAGUACUGGGGAUAAAAACUAGCCUGAAACCCAGACCUGUUUUGUGCUAACAUUACAGUCCUUGUGCUCAGACAUGUUUGGCAUAUGACAUGGAAUACACAGAGUGGAACGUUAGCACAAACAGACUGGUACCCAGGGUACAUCAAAACUGUAGGAAGUUCAGAACCAUGAUAAUGCUGUAUUGGGUAACAAUUUCGAACACCAUGUUUUACAUAUUGUGUAUAUGUGUGUUAGCUGUACACCCUGUUAUUCUAGUGAGCCUUCAUCUCAUUUCGAGCGAUUUCAUAUUUACAAUAUGAAAUGUCUGUGACUGUCAGAGAUUAUAGACCUGUUAAUGUUAUGUUUUUAUCCACAGGGGAAACUGCAGUGUCGUGAGCAUGUCACUGAAGGCUUUGAGAACAUGCCUGCUGCCUUUAUGGGAAUGCUGCAGGGAGAAAACAUUGGAAAAGCAAUUGUUAAAGUUUAGGUGGCUUCAAUGGAUACUCUAUCACCCAUAGAAUUAGAAUUCAAGGAACAUUCCCAUAGGAAAGCCACACUAUAACCAUGACAUUUUAUUCUGGAAUUAUUUUUCUGUAGUGCAUUCCUAGCACAACCUUAUUAUACAUUCACAUCAUAGUCCAUCCUUGAAUCCAAAUGUUUACUUUGUAUGAAGUAUUAAAGUAUUUUUAUGGCUUUUGAUGUCUGACUUUAUUUUACUCACAAAUCAGAUUCAAAUGAAUU